UUCCAAUCUGCACAACUUCCUUCUCCAGACUUCAAGAAUCAAGCUGCGCUGUGCAUUUGUGGGUUGCCUUUCGUUAUAGGAGGAGAGCUAAGAGGUGGAUUGUUGAGAACGACGUUCAUUUGAAGAAGGCAGAGACGCAGGCUGUACGAAUAACGAACGAAGGCAUACAGCCCUUGUUCGAGGUAUCGGUUUUCAGGAACCAUGGCCUCCGCUUCAACAUGCCUGAGGACGACAGCCCUGUCUCAGGGCUUGGCUGCUGGUAUGGGUGCUGAGAGGGAAUGCACUGUGCAGAGGUCUGCAUUCUUUGGCUCCCGGUCAGCCACCAAUAAUGCUCUUCGGCAAAAGGUGUCUGAAGGGCGCGCUCGCGUGACCUGCGAAUCACAGAGGCCCUCGAGGAGCAGGUGGGCCUCUCUCAAGGAAGAGCCCAAGACACAAAAGCCCAAGACGGACAGAUGGGGGGGCCUCGGCACCGACCAGUCAGACGAUCAGCAGGACAUCACCAGGGGCCGCGGGAUGGUUGACUCUGUUUUCCAGGGCGCGAGCGGCCUCGGCGGAACACAGAAUGCCAUCAUGAGCAGCCAUGACUAUAUCAGCACCGCGCAGAAAACUUUGAGCAACAUCAGCGCUGAGGGUUACUACAUCUCCCCCACCUUCAUGGACAAGCUGGUGAUCCACAUCACAAAGAACUUCCUCAAGCUCCCCAACAUCAAGGUUCCUCUCAUUCUCGGAGUGUGGGGUGGUAAGGGUCAGGGCAAGUCCUUCCAGGCUGAGCUGGUCUUCUCCAUGUUGGGAAUCAACCCCAUUGUCAUGUCUGCUGGAGAGCUGGAGUCUGGAAAUGCCGGAGAGCCCGCCAAGCUUAUCAGGCAAAGGUACCGCGAGGCCUCUGACAUCAUCAAAAAGGGCAAGAUGUGCGCCCUCUUCAUCAACGAUCUUGAUGCGGGUGCGGGUCGCAUGGGUGGCACCACCCAGUACACCGUCAACAACCAGAUGGUGAACGCCACCCUCAUGAACAUUGCUGAUAACCCCACCAACGUCCAGCUGCCGGGUGUCUACAACAAGGAGGAGAACCCCCGCGUGCCCGUCAUUGUGACUGGUAACGAUUUCUCCACCCUGUAUGCCCCCCUCAUCCGUGAUGGCCGUAUGGAGAAGUUCUACUGGGCCCCCACCCGUGAGGACCGGAUCGGUGUGUGCACCGGUAUCUUCAAGGAGGACAAGAUCAACCUUGGCGACAUCCAGACCCUGGUCGAUGCCUUCCCUGGCCAGUCCAUCGACUUCUUCGGCGCCCUGCGGUCUCGCGUUUACGACGACCUCGUCCGUGACUGGGUCAAGAACGUCGGCUACACGAACCUAGGAAAGUCGCUGGUCAACUCCAAGAACGGCCCGCCCACGUUCGAGCAGCCCCGGAUGACCCUCGAUAUCCUGCUUGCGUACGGCAACAAGCUGGUCGAGGAGCAGGAGAACGUCAAGCGGGUGCAGUUCGCCGAGGAGUACCUCUCCGGCGCUGCCCUGGGUGAUGCCAAUGCCGACGCCAUCGCAUCUGGCAGCUUCUACGCUGGAAAGGCAGCACAGCAGAACCCUCCUAAGGUGAAGGAGGGGUGCACGGACCCUAUUAGCACGAACUUCGACCCCACAGCCAGGAGCGAUGAUGGCUCGUCUAAAAAGGCAGCGAAGCAGAAUUCGACUUCAAAGCGCUCUGCAAAGGCAGUUCAGCCGAAGCCUGCUCCGGUGCCUGAGCAGAAGAAGGCUCCUGUGUCUGAGCCGGAGCCUGCUUCGUUCUUUGCGUCGGAGCCUGCUUCGUUCUUUGCAUCGGAGCCUGCUCCGUCGUUCUUUGAGUCGGCGCCUGCUCCGGCUGCUUCGUUCUUUGAGGCGGCGCCUGCUCCGGCGGAGCCUCAGGGAUGCACAGACCCUAAGGCCUCUAACUACGAUCCCUUCGCCUCGAACGAUGAUGGCACUUGUGAGUACGACAUGUCUACCUGGCCAGCAUAAGCCAAAGCUUGAGUUGUUGUUGCGUUCGUUUGGUAACGAUUCAAGUGUUUUAACAUUACGGUAGGCAGGUUGGUGACUACCCUUGCUGCAAUUCUGUUUUGAGGAAUCUCUCCAUUAGAUUACCAGCUUUCCAGCGCUUCAGGACUACCCGAUGAUCAUGAGAACUAUUGUCAAUAGACAUUUCGAAGGAUGAAGAUCGUCGUAUGGUAUACGUACGGGUUGCCAAUCGUGAAUGUUAAGUGCACGCAUACGUGUCAUGACACUUCUUGAAGAAAACACUCAUUGCUUGCAUG